AUGCGUGGAUUUAUUUUGAUUUGCCUUUUUGCGGCCACCUGCAGUGCCGAUAAGCUGGGCUACAACUAUCAGCCGGUCGCCCAUGCGGACGAGGGACUUUCGUUUGUGCCCGGCAACGGUUUGCUGCCCGUCGAAGCUGCUGCACCUGUCAUCGCUCAACCACAGCAACAACACGGCGAGGCUCAACUAUCACUGCCUAUUGAGGCGCCAAUCCAGACGCAAGCUCAAGGUGCCAUUGUGCCUCAGGCAGCCCCACUAAUUGAGGAAUUCCAGAAAGAAUUCUACACGUAUGCUGCGCCCGAGGACCAGUUCGAUGAAGGCGUCAACAAUCAGCAAAUCGCCGACUCAUUGAAGAAGAACCUGCGCAUUGUGUUCAUUCGCACACCCGAAAAUCGUGGCUUCGAGAAUGCUGCUUUGCAGCUGGCCAAGCAGUCCGCCCAACAGGAGACCGCCAUCUAUGUGCUGAGCAAGCAGGCCGAUGUGGCCAAUUUGGCCAAACAACUGAACGCACUCAAGUCAACCACGAGCAACAAGCCCGAGGUUCACUUUGUGAAGUAUCGCACACCACAGGAUGCCGCCAACGCACAAUUGGCUAUUCAGAAUCAAUACAAUCAACUGCCCGGCGUGUCCCGCAUAUCCAACGAGGGCAGCGCUCCAGUAUUGAAUUUUGCAUCGCAAACACAAGCUGCUCCAGCAACCGUGACUCAAUCGCAACUGACAGGCGGACAGGAUUACCUGCCACCUGCACUUCGUCGUUUCCGCGUUAAGUAAGCAUUGGCAUUG